AUGGAAGGAAUUGGAUACAUGAUCACUGAGCGCUACGUGAAUGGUGCCAACAAUUCAGGAUUCUCUGAUGCAGUCGAGCUGUGGGAUUUCUAUCCUGAAGAGGACAAGAUCAACGAUGCUACCAUCACAUCGGAUUAUGCAGAGAGCCUUGCCGCAUAUACUGCAUUCGCCAAUGGAGUUGCCCGAGCCAGCAAUUCUACUGGAUGUGGAGCAUGGGGAUUCAAACGAAUGUGGACUCCUACUGCAAAUUACACGCUCGCUGACCCAUGGAAGUCUGAGUUCUUCACUGACUUGGCAGCGAAUAACACCCCGAUAAAGGCAGCAACUUUUCACUGGGAUGCUACUAUGUUCAGCUGGAAUCCGUAUGAGAUUGUCAACUCCACAAAGCAGUUCCGGGAGUUGUAUCUCACACCCAAUGGCUUUGAAGACCUGCCAAUUUGGAUUACAGAGCACAACCGGAACCCCCUCGGCAUCCUUCCUACACCUGAGUCAGCUUUAGCUGCCUACAAUGACCCCGCCUCAUUUGCCGCUUGGGUAAUUGCCGUUGCCAUGUAUGGACAAGAUGCCGAUGCCGAACAGGUCAUGAGCUGGACCGGACUAGGAUAUGGCGGAUACGGGUGGGACGACGCAUACUUUCAAGGCUGGUAUAACCAGACAGACUCAGGUGAUAUCGCCCUGAACGCCGGUGCUGCUUGGGUUCUCUCUGGCGAUUUUGUCACGAACACCCCCAGCCGGCUCUCAGUGAGCGAAUCAUCGGCGAAUGGAUUCGCGGCACUUGCAGGCGUAUCAAGUAACAAAACAGAGGUGCAAGUCCUUUUGAACAACUACCAAGUGGACUAUGAUAUUGUCAAAGUUGCUUGCACUACCUUCAUGCAGCCGACCAUUCGAAACAAUACGGCCACAUCCUAUAAGCUUGAAAUCACCAAUUUCCCAUGGUCAAAGACAACGAAGUACACCGCCACGAUCCAACGCGUGGGAGGGGCUUCUGUUCUGGAAACCUACAAGGUCAUCUCUGGUGUCGGAACAUCUCUCUCUGCGACCGUCGCUUUCCCGGCCAACUACCAGGAUUUGAUCACGAUUAAGGCCGUUUAG